AUGUAAUUUAUAGAAUUCUUAAUUUCAUAACUUUUCCCUAAACCUCCAUUCAAAAAUUCUAUUCGCCCAAAUCGUAUCAAAAAGGGUAAUCCCAAUCAAUCCAAUAUUCUUAGAAUAAGAAAUUUGUCAAUCCCUAGAACUGAAUUGGAUCUCAAACUCCAAUGUAGAUAUUAUACAAUUCGAUUCACAAGGAUGCAGAACCCAAAUCAAAUUAAAUGAGUUAUACCCCUUCUCCCAACCUCAAUUGAGAUUCCAAUUGGAUGAUGACUUUUACUCCAUUAAAAAUCUUGAUGAUUUCAAUUCCUACGAUUACUAUUUCAAAGUUCUCAAAUGGACUCCCCAAUUAACUGUAAAUUAGAUCAUCGAGAAGUACAAUCCACCUCUUAUCUAGAUCACACGAAUUCAUUAAAAAGACUAUUUUUGUCAAAUAACCAUACACCUUAGAUCCGUACUCAGAUUUAUUGAGUAAAAUUGCGAAAUCUUCAAAAUCAAUUGACUUAUCCAUCAUUUUCACCUUCCUACUUGUAUCCCUUGCCAAUUUGAUACUCUAUCUGCCAAACUACGAAGAAUACCAAUAAUUAAUGGAAAAAACAGUCCUAUUCGGACAUAAUACAUGGUAUAAUCAGUUUUAAUAAUUGCCACUGUCACCACUCAAAGCCUAAUUUUAUUGUCUAAUUGGAUUGAUUGUUAAUGUAUUUGAUUCCUCUAAGUUACAUGUGUUCAAACAGCAACAAGAAUAAAUCAAUUAGCCCUUCUUUCAUUACUUGAAUUUAAUAAUCAACUUACUCGUCUUUUACUGUCCCUUGUACUUUAUACUUAAAUCCAAACAGUUUAAAAUCAACAAAGAAAUCCUAUCAGGAAUAUUACUUUAUCAAAUCAUGUGUCCUACAUUCUUGGGAAUAUGGAAUAUUACUGAAAGUAACUAAACCCUCACUUAUUUAUAGUAUUGAUGGCCUUGUGUGUCUUUAUUAUAACCGAAAAUGUUUGGUUCGGCUCAAUCCUGUAUGUAAUAGCAGUCAAUUAUGAACCAUAAUGUCUCUUACUCUACCCUCUAAUUUCAACAUACGCUUUCGGAAGAUUAUGUCAGUAACAUGGAAUCAUUACAAAAAAGAAUAUCAGAGUAACAUCAUCUUAUUUAAAUAUAGCCUAAUUUUUCAGGUCUCCAAGAAUUGGUAAUCGAAUUGAUAUUCUUAAUUUUGGUACUAAUAAUUGUUCAAUGCUUCAUUUUGGUUCCAUUUUAUUUUAGUUCUACAUUGGCUUAGGCUAUAUACCCAUAAGCAUUCAUUAACUAUUUCAAUUCUCUGUUUAGUCAUGAGUUCUAUAAUUUGAUGAUAUUUGGAUUUGCUUUUAUUUUAUCAUUUCCUGCUUUGAUGUUGAGUUUUUUGAAUGAAAAAUACUGUGCAUUAGGUGUGCUUAACGUCAUAAUCAUUAUCAAAUUGUUUGACAUUGCUAAUGGUGUUACAACUUAACUGUUAACAGUGUUUUUGAUGUUGAACUUUAAAUAUUUUAGAUAGAUCAUGAAUUAUAUCAUAAUGUUAAUGCCUCAACAGAAUUGGAUAUUCAAAUUAUUGUAUUAUAUUUUUGGAGAUUUAUUUAUGCAAAGAAACAACUAAUUGAUUGACACUCACAAACAUGGUUAAUAUCAAUUCUAAUCCCUGAGGAAAUUAGGAUUCUAUGUAAUUUAAUUGGAUAUAUGAUAGUUACUUUUAUUCUCCCAAAUCAUGCAUGUCUAUGACUUGGAGUCGGUAAUAUAUAAGGUGUGUUUGGUCAUAUUACUAAUGAAUUGCUUGUUUAUAACUCAAUAGAAGAUUACGAAGGUCAUGAGGAAGGCCAAAGUGGAUUGAAGUGAU